AUGUCGUCCGUGGAAGCGAAGGACGUCUCGGUGACAGUCAUAACGGUGGAGUCCAUUGUUUCAGGUGCACCUGGGCGAGCCAGCAGACUGGAGCAGCCUCUGUCAUUUGGCCCUAAAAUACAGCCAGCGCUUUUGCCAGAACCAUUUGAACAGACUGCAGCUGGAACAGAAGCCACCGUUAUUGGGUGGGGAAUGACAGAGGCGUAUCCUCCCACAAACGCCCUGCAGAAAGCUGACAUCGUGGUGUGGUCAGACGAGGACUGCCAGCAGGCGUACUCGGACUACGACUACCAGCCGCUGCCGUCCAACAUCUGCGCCGGACUGCCACAGGGCGGCAGAGGCCAGUGUAACGGAGAUUCUGGGAGCCCUCUGAUAGCAAAUGGCUAUCAAAUCGGAAUAGUCUCAUGGUCCAGGAAACCUUGCGCUUCUAAAGGAUCACCAGGAGUUUUCACAGAAGUUUCUUAUUACGUGGACUGGAUAAAAGAGAAGACGAGCAACUCUUCCACAGCUGACAAAAUUUCAUCAAGUUAG